AAAUAGUACCACGUGCGAACUACGAAACUCGACAGUGGAAAUAAAUCCUUCCGGAGUGACCGCUGCUCAUCACAAUGAACCCGCUCACCAAAGUGAAACUCAUCAAUGAACUGAAUGAAAAAGAGGCUGAACUUGAUGUCAAAGACAGCGUGUCCUGGCAUUCAGUCUAUAAGGAUAGCGCCUGGGUCUUUAUCGGUGGACUUCCAUAUGAGCUGACAGAAGGAGACGUCAUCUGUGUUUUCUCUCAGUACGGAGAGAUUGCCAACAUCAAUUUAGUGCGAGAUAAAAAGACGGGCAAAUCCAAAGGCUUCUGCUUCCUGUGCUAUGAAGAUCAAAGGAGCACCGUUCUGGCUGUGGACAACUUUAAUGGAAUCAAGAUUAAGGGCCGAACCAUACGUGUGGACCAUGUAGCAAAUUAUCGACCACCUAAGGACACCGAUGACAUUGAUGAUAUCACUAAACGUUUGCGAGAAGAGGGAUGUGCUCCCAAAGUCCCCCCACCUUCCUCCUCUGAGUCAGAAUCUGAGGAAGAGUAUGCUGUACCUGUGAAAAAAACAAAAAAAGAUAAAAAGGAGAAGAAAAAAAAGAAAAAGGAGAAGAAAGAGAAGAAAAAAGCACUGAAGGAAGAAAAACACGACACAAGGACUGAGCCGACAGUGUCUUCACCUGUCAGAGUGAAGAAGGAGAAGGAAGACAUGGCAUAUGAGAAAUAUGCCACGAAAGGACCGGCAGGAAGCAGAAGGGACAGGAAUCCACAAGACAGAGCAGAUGAGGUGGACCGAUUCAGAGAUAGGUAUGGAGGUGAGAGGGAAAGGGAUAGAGAAGACGACAAAAAGACAGAUAGAAACAGAGAGGAUAAAAGAUAUGAAGACACGCGACAGCGAGACAGGGAGGGAGACAGAGAAAGAGACAGAAGUAGAGGGGCUGAUAGAGAGAGAAAUGGGGAAAGGGACCGAGAACGAGACAGAGAGCGUGAGAAAGAAAGGGACCGUGAUAGAGACAGGGAACGAGACAGAGACAGGGACAGAGAAAGAGACAGAAGAGAGCGAGACAGAGGAAAUGACCGAGGGUUUACCAAACACAGAGAUCACAGUCGUGAAAGAGACCACAGGCGAAAUUAAGCAGAGAUAGUACUUUUUUUGUUCUUGUUGCUGUUGUUACAAAAUGGACUUCACUAUGUGUGUGUAUUUCAGAGAUGUAAAUAAAUGUUUAGAGUUUUUAAUUAUCUGUCUGGAAUAAUUCAAUUUAUAAUGGCCACCUGGCAUUACAUUACGCACAGUACACUCAUUUUAUUUGAUCUUUAUUUGAAUUUAAAUUGUACAAAGACCAAAAAUGUCUUGUCUAACAGUGUCAAAUAAAAUCCAUGGUUCGUACAAGGUGCUUGAAGUGCUUGAAGUACUCGAAUGUGACCUUUUGAAAUUUAAGGCCUGGAAAAUCCUUGAAAAUAGCAAUAUUCCC